CCAGACUUCUUCUCCACCGUCACUGCCUCAAUCGACGCCGUGUUGCUGGCGAUCUGGUUCACCUUCAGCAGGAAAGCGUCGCAAGCCUUCUGCUCGAUGGGAUUCGUCACCGCCAGGUCGUCGCCCACGAUCUGCGCGACCUUGCAAACCCCGUGGGCGCUUGGCCGGGCGGCAUCAAGUCCGUCUCGAACGUGCAGAUGUCGGACUUCAGCACGCUGUGGCUCGCAAAAGUAA